GGUCCAUUUUUAUCACAAUAAAUCCUAGUCUUCUACCUACUCUCAGGGCAGUAUACGGCGCGCGGUCACCUGCACCGCGACAACCAUCUAGCAAAGAGACCGGCUUAAGGCACCAAGUCUUAGCCACUUCAAAUACCGUGAACCGACGGCGGCGACCGGCAAGCCAUGAACGGCGACGAGCUCGAUCAGGAGAACCCAGAGCGGAGACGGGCGCACGGUCCAGCCCGCGCGGUUCAAGACUUGCAAGAGGCACUUGCGCGGCCAUCCCCCGGGGCGACGGAGAUGACCGGCCGUCCUCGGAGUUCGGCGACGCUGCCGGCUCUGGCGACGACACUCUCUCAGGUUGAGAAAAACAUCAUUGCAACCGGGGAACCGUGCCGCACAGCCAAAGCCCAGGAGAACAUGGAGUUUGGUGCUAGCAUUGCUGCCUUCAGUGCAAGCAUGAUGGUGGCGUGGUACUUCCUCUCUCCAGAGGCCAGAGGAGCACACAACCUGUGUUACAUCAUCCCAAUGCUUCUUGGCUUUGCAUGCUUCAUAUGUGGUGUGUCGCUGAUGCUCUUAAGUAUGAACAUUCUCGAACUCACAGAAAACAUCGUUGCUGAUGUCCAAGAAAUGGCCUCCAAAAUACUCUCCUCGUUGUGCAGCACAUUACCUGUAGUAACAAUGCUUAGCCCCUUGGUGCUUUGCGGGUCUAAGGUCUACAAGUACAUUGGCCUCACCCUUCUAGUUAUGGUGACAGCUCCACUUGCUUUACAGCGAUGGUACAUUGGAAGCAAGGCUGAGAGAAGUGACGAACAGGCAGCAGACAAUGAGCACAUGGAGCAGUUGGAAGCUGGCUUUAAGUUUAUCUCAGCCAUCACCAACUCUGCUAGUGGUGGUCUGUUUGGCUUGCUGGUCAAUUACAAUGUCACUGGUGGUUCAGGGCGUACUAAGGGUGCCGUCCUUGUAGCCAUUUUCUUCAUAUUCGCUACUGCCAUCUGGGGCCUGCUCUCAAUGGAGAUCCGGACCAAGGUACUAGAGAUCAAAAGCCCAAAGCUCCGAGGAUUCAUCAUCCAAGCAAUGUGGUUAGCCAUUAUCUUCAUGCUUUUAUUUCUGGCCACUGCGGUUUUGGCAGAAGUUUUUGCUGUAGUUGAGUUCUUCAUGUUUGCUGCAUUCGCACCUUGGGUUUUUGCAUCCGCUGUCUACCUGUUCCUUGAGCACUGUAUUCACCGUGCUCGUAUACCUAGGGACAGUAGUGCCAAUGUGUCCCUGAAGGUCCAUUUCAACUUGAAGACUGAUAAGGGGAUCAAAUUGACCAUGUGGUCAUUUACGGCAAUCAUCGGUAUCUUUGGAGGUUUCCUUCAUGAUCAUGACAAGAUACAGUCUCUGAAGGCCUGUCUCAUCUUACUGACAUCAGCUUUUAUGUCCGGCUUUGCACUCACUGUGGUCACUAUGAAGCCAGAUUUAAGUAGCACCAGCUUUGCUGCAGCCACCACGGUACUAGAUUGGUCUGGGGCAGCAGCGUUUGCGGCUGCAAUAUUUUCCAUUAUCGUUGCAAUGGUAUUGGAAAUACUGUGAACGUUGCUAGUCGUGCGGAUCAACAUCCUUCAUCGUUGCGCAGCAUGUAUGCCCACUUUAACAAAAGUCAUCAGAUCAAUACACAUCAGGUAGCAAAUGUUCGAAUUGAGAUCAGAUCAGGAAUUAUCUGAAGGUAAUAUGGAGCAUUCAUUGCUUUUUUAAUCGACAUCAUGCUAAGAGGCAUCUGACUCUUGAAGCUCUUGGAGGUCAUCGCAGGACCCAAGGCAAUACCUCUUUUGACCUGCUGCUAUCUGUAGAUUUAUAUUGUGACGGGGGUUGACGGCCUAACUAGCUAGUUUUUCGAUUUGUUUGUUGUAUUUUUUUUCCUUUCCAUUUUUCCUAAUCCCUACACAUUAAGGAGAUGCUAAAUUAAUCCCUUUGAUUCAAAUUUGUAUUUUUUAGCUUUUGUAUGCAUUCGACAAACGGAAAGACUUAUUUCAACAAUCUAAGGAACCUAAUUCAAAA